AUAACAUCUCGUUUGGAAUUUCAUUCUUUUUUUUUCGACAAGAAGAAGAGGCAGUAGGUGUAAAAUCUGCAUAAAAUCGCAGUUAAACUCGGGUGCAGUACUUAACGGGUUUUCAAACAGUUGCAAAACAGAGGCGUCGUCUUUCAUAUUGUGCCAAAAGAAAGCUAACGAAACGAAAAGCAGUAAAACAACAAAAAAUAUACAACAACAACAAAGCAACGAAGCGCCUACAACCACCUACAACAACAACUCAGCUGAAACGACCAACAAUAAAAACAAUACUAACUCUCCAGAUAUCUACAGUCAACAAAAGCUUCUAAGCCUCAAACCAGCGUAACUGUAAUUGUUACAGUUACAUUUUUCUGUUGUUGUUCUCGCUUGUUUUUCGGAAGUUUGUGCAGCAGCAGGCUCUGAAUGUCUUUAUGCUUUAAUCAUGGUGUAUUUUGCCACCAACAAGAACAACACCGACACUAUACGCUGCUAUAUUAGAAUCUUUCUGAUUACAAACCAUGACAGAAGGACAUGAAAGCGACUUCUUAGUUACAGUACGCGCACAGGUAAUGACCAGAGACGAAAGCACAGAAGGCUGGCUACCGUUGGCCGGGGGUGGUCUAGCAAAUGUUUCCAUACGCAAGCGAGCUAGAUUAUCCCCAUUGGCGUCGGGUCAUGACUACAUCAUCUAUGGGCAAAGAAUCUCUGAUCAAAGUGUUAUCUUAAGCUGUGUCAUCAAUCGUGAUCUGAAGUAUUACAAAGUAAUGCCCACAUUUCAUCAUUGGCGCGCCGGCAAACAGCGCAACGGUUUAACUUUCCAAACGGCAGCCGAUGCGCGUGCCUUUGACAAGGGCGUCCUUCGAGCCUAUAAUGAACUAAUUGAUGGACUGGCCAAAUCGAAUCCCACUAUAAUAUGCCCGCCGUUGACCAAAUACGAUUCGGUUGGUGAAGAUGAUGUAUUCAUGACCCUGGACUUACCUGUGGAAAGCGAAAGUUUACAAAAGAUACAUUCAAGCCCAGAAGGCAGCGAAAAAAGUCACAAAAGCGUCAGCGACCGACAUAAGGAUAGCUACAGCAACAAUUCCGAUUCAGAGAAACUACCGGCGGCGACCAUACACUACAUAUCGACGGAUAAAACAUCAACGGCUCCGGGCCCCGGCAGCGGCAACAAUGCAGGCGGCUCAACUGAUGGGCUGCCGCCGCCGCCGCCUGCCGGUCAGAUUGCACCCAGCGAAAAUUACUCCUAUGUAACGCUGACGGCUGUGCACCAUGACUAUAAUUACCCUGUGGUGGAGCAGCCAGUAGGCGCACAAGUGUUGAAUGCGCGCCGCGAGUCGAUCAGUGCGGUAAAGAAACGCAAUGCUCUGGAGGCGGCGCAGGCGAUGGCCGCCGCGCAGACGUCGGCGACAUCCGCUGCCAACAAGCCGCUGCACAAACCCAAUGUGUCGGAUAUACUCAAGAAGGAGACGCGCCUGCGGUGCCGCUAUUGUCAUGAGCUUUAUAGCGAAGAGUUUAAUAGGCGUGGCGCCUGCGAGUAUGCGCCGGAUCCGUUUCGCAGCGGCUACGAGUGCAUCUCGGGCAUGGGCUGUGCGCGGUGCAUGAUCUAUCACUGCAUGAGCGAUGCGGAGGGUGAGACGGCGCAGCAUCCGUGCGAUUGUAGCGUUAGCGAGGCGGGCUGCACCAAGCGCUGGUUGGGCCUGGCGCUGCUGUCCCUGUUCGUUCCCUGCCUGUGGUGCUAUCCACCGAUGCGUGCAUGCCAUUUGCUUGGCAUACAUUGCGGCGUGUGCGGUGGCCGCCAUAAACCGCAUGUCUGACAUUUGGAGGCUAGAUUGCAAGGACAGUACGACGACGACUACAGCACCAGGCCCAGAAACCAGCAGCAUUUGCAGCCCGACGAGCAAAACUACAAGAGCCAGCUGCUGCGACUAAAACAGCGCCAGUCGCAGUCACUGUCGCAGCCACAGAGGCAUUUCUAUAACUGGGAGCUAUCACACAGUCUCGGCGCGCCUCAGCACCAUCCGCCACAGCCGUUAUAUCUGAUGCAGCCGCGCAGCAGCAAGGCCGCCCAAAACGACUAUGGACGGCUGAUGUUCUAAAAGUUUUUGGUCUAAUUUGCCAUUUUUUUUUUUUUAAGUUUCCAGUUUGUUUAAGUUUUGAUCAUUUUGUAACUCCAUUUGAUUUGCCAUAAUUUUUUGUAUAUAUAUAUGAAGAUCAAAUAACGCACACACAUUUGUGCACACAUACAUGCAUACGCACACACACACGCACCAAUUUAACAUUUAUAAUUGUAAUUUACGUGUAGAGCUUUCACUUAAUUAUACUUUUGUAAAAACCGGGCUAUUUGUUUAUACAUAUAUAUAUAUAUAUAUUAAAUUUACGUAUCAUAUGCUUAAUGAAUAGUAA